UAUAGUAUCAGUAUAGAGGGACUAAGUGACUACACUGCAUACAGUUCAAUUCGGAUGUCUCUAGUGUAGACUUAGUCCAAGUCUAAAUUUCUAUAAUGUUUGCAAUGCAGUCCUGGGUGGUGAUUUUAAUCAUUGCCGGCAUAACGUUGACCUCAGCUGCUGAGGAUCUCACGUUCAAUGAAAAUAUCUUAUUUCUAGACGACAACAUAACACUUGCAGUAAAUCCACCUUAUAUCAUAAACGGGCUGGCCUCAAACGUUGAUGUCCGAUGUCUUUUCAAACGGGACCAAGUUCCCGCCAUGUCCACCGUACUGUCUCUGGUCAUCGCUUACUCAAACGCAACUGACCAACCAGUCUACAGCUUUGUGGCAUCUGUGAAUGAGUUUGAAGGUCAUGCGCACAACAUUUCUCACGACGUUGAGGUCAUAUCCGGUUCCAUUGACAACCAUGGAGAAUCCUCAUUGCACAUCCGGUUUAAAUAUCCUGACUCAAAAAUGACUGGAGUGUAUGUAUGUGAGGUUCAAGGAUUUGACCAAAUCGGAAGGCCCAUAACAAAAUACACCAAGCUCCAAAUUUUACCAAAAGAUGCACAAGAGAUUUUUAAUCAAAUGGAUGUUUUACAAAAUACUGUUAAUGCUUUCCAGACGUGCCGGGAGGGACAUCUAAUGUUGUUUGAUAAAUUAAUACAGAAAUUAUCCCAAACUAGUGAAUAUAAUUUUACAGCUUCGGCUUUUUUCAAUGGACAUCGUUAUUUAUUAGCUGAUAAGAUCCCACUCUUUGACUAUAACGUGGACCAAAAUGUGUGUAAUUCGAUAGAGGGCUAUCUAAUAGAACUGGACACUCCAGACGAGAUGGCUUUCUUUGAGCGCUUCUUAGCUCAAACUAAUCCUAUCUACGUGUGGACAGGAGCUAAAAAAAAUCAUGAUGAUUCUUGGUACAAUGAGCAUAACUCGUCUGUUAGACCGUUGUUUACUUGGGCACCUGGUCAGCCAAUAAAGGAUGACACACGUAAUUGUCAGUGUGCUACUCGUGAGGGUGCUUGGAAAUUAUUUCCGUGUCUAUGUCCUUAUAAUCGCACUGAAUCAGAUCUAGGUUACAUUUGCGAGGUUCCAGAACCGAACUGUUGACAUAAAUAUAAACUAGCUCUAACCCGUGUCUCACUACGUUGAAAUAAAUGGUACUUCUUAUUUUGAAUGAAUCUUUUUUUGUUGUUGGAAAUCUCCAAUUUAACAUAGCUAUAAUGUUUGUAUUUUGUAAAACGUUUGUUUGUAAAUUAAUUUCUUAAAGUAGAUAAAUUUUUGAGGGCUUGUUUACAGAAACUAAGUAUGAACAUGAAAACUAUAUUUAAUAAGAAAUGUAAUUCUAUUUAAUAAUAGUAUAUAAACUAUCAUUGCACCCAACAACAACACCAUACUAUCUCUUUGUUUGUGUCAGUCUAGGCCAGGACUUUGGUAUCAUGAAACGUUAUGAAUAUUAACAAUGCAGGUGUAAUCAUGGCAAAGUAAGAGGGUUCGGUUAUGGUCCCGCCCUUGCACGUAGUUGCCAAAUGACUUGCUAUUUUCUGAGUCUCAGAUGUGCCUAAUUUAAGAAAACAGAGCUCAGAGUAGAAAUUCCAUUUCUCUCCUGACUGACGAUACCAGCGUUGAUUCCACCAGAAUGUGGUAAGAAAUUACGGAGAGAAAGAGUUCAUGAUGCGAUCGAUCGAUUUCCAACAAUGGAAGGAACGUCAUGUAAACAUUAAAACAACGGCGUUUUGCGCUAAGACCAGUUUCGCACUUGCAUGGUGUCAUUUUGGACAAAAGAGGACCGAAGAAAUGGACACUAGAAAAAUGCCAGAGGAAAAUUUGGGCAUUGGAAAAGUAUCUUUCAUUUAAAAUAGUGUUGAUCUUUAAGAUUAAUUACAUUUUAUUAAAUAUACCAUAUAAUUUUGGUAAGAUUGUUCGGUAAUGUCCAAUUACAUUAAAAUGUAUAUGAGUGAUACAAAAGAGGCGAUGUCAAAACGAAAACAAAGUUCAGAUUAGAAAGGGGGACAAAUUAUCUGUAACGUUUCUUACUUCAUUUCCUUUUAAUCUGUUCAGCGAGAAUACGUUUUUCUUCAUUCAUUUCAUUGUUUUAUUCGUAUAGAUAGAUAGAUAGAUAGAUAGAUAGAUAGAUAGAUAGAUAGAUAGAUAGAUAGAUAGAUAGAUAGAUAGAUAGAUAGAUAGAUAGAUGGAUGGAUGGAUAGAUAGAUAGAUAGAUAGAUAUAUAGAUAGAUAGAUAGAUAGAUAGAUAGACAGAAAGACAGACAGAUAGAUAGAUAGAUAGAUAGAUAGAUAGAUAGAUAGAUAGAUAGAUAGAUAGAUAGAUAGAUAGAUAGAUAGAUAGAUAGACAGACAGACAGACAGACAGACAGACACAGAUAAAUAGAUAGAUAGAUAGAUAGAUAGAUAUAUAGAUAUAUAUAUAUAUAGAUAGAUAGAUAGAUAGAUAGAUAGAUAGAUAGAUAGAUAGAUAGAUAGAUAGAUAGAUAGAUAGAUAGAUAGAUAGAUAGAUAGACAGACAGAUAGAUAGAUAGAUAGAUAGAUAGAUAGAUAGAUAGAUAGAUAGAUAGAUAGAUAGAUAGAUAGAUAGAUAGAUAGAUAGAUAGACAUACAGACAGACAUACAGACACAGAUAGAUAGAUAGAUAGAUAGAUAGAUAGAUAGAUAGAUAGAUAGAUAGAUAGAUAGAUAGAUAGAUAAAUAGAUUGAUAGAUAGAUAGAUAGAUAGAUAGAUAGAUAGAUAGAUAGACAGACAGAUAGAUAGAUAGAGAGGGAGUGAGAGAGAUAGAACCCUUGCCCGAGCCUUCUGCAGCACAACGGAUGGAGGAGUGACCAUUGUGACCUCAGGCCAGAGAGUCUACAAAACGACUUCGUUUCAAUCAAUGAUCUAAUUUGAGCAUGUCAAAUUAUUUCUGUAUCUAAUGUUUAUACGUAAACUGUACUGCACUGAUUACCUUGAUGAAGAUCCUUUGUUCACUGAUAGUCUGCUGACACCGGACAAGAACGUAACAAUCUCAUUCAGUCCGCCUUUUAUUAUCAACGGGCUAACUUCUGACGUCGACAUUACAUGCAGUUUCACACGUGACCUAAUUCCAGCUAUGACGUCAAUAUUUUCUCUGGUCAUCGCACACUCGAGCACAACUGACCAACCGUUAUACAGCUACGUGGCCUCGGUCAACGCGCUGGAAGGUCACGCCCACAACAUCUCGCAUGAUGUUGAGGUCAUUUCCGGUUUAAUAGAUAACCAAGGAGAAUCCUCGUUGCACAUCCGGUUUAAAUACCCUGAUUCAAAUCUGACUGGUUUGUACGUAUGUGAAGUCCAAGGUUUUGACCAAAUAGGUAAACCAGUAACAAAGUACGCCAAAGUAAAAUUGAUGCCAACUAAUAUAAAUGAUCUGUUCCAUCAAAUUAAUAAUUUACAGUCAAACCUUACUGAGGCUAACGCAAAUCUAAGUCUAUUGCAAAAUUCUUUCAAUGCCAUGCAGAGCUGCAUGAGCAGGAAAGAUGAAUACAUUAAUAAAUUAACAAACCAGUCAAACUUCUACUCGCCUGUUUUCUUCAAUGGCCACAGCUACUACAUGACUCAAAAAAUAUCACGUUUUUUUUAUGCAGAAGCUCAGAAUUCUUGCAAGUUAAUCGGCGGAUACCUUGCAGAACUAGACACUCAGGGAGAGAUGGAUUUCUUUAGAGAGUACAUGAUCAAAAUGAAUAUCCCAUAUAUCUUCUGGUCAGGGGCAACAAAGCAGAACGGCACAUGGGCAAACGAGCACAGUCCAGAUGUCAGGCCGUUGUUUGACUGGGCGCCAGGACAACCAGUUAAUAACUCUGAUACUGUUUGCCAGUGUUCUUUUUCUGCAAAUUAUUGGAAGCUUACUGCGUGUUUUUGCGACGUUUAUGAUAGGAGUGAUCUAGGUUAUGUUUGCGAAGUGCUAGAUAGAUGUUAAUAGAUCUACGCUAACAAUAGUAAAUCUGAGGGAUUAGAAAUAUUUGUACAAGUUUUUUUUUAAAUGCUAUUUCAUGCUUUUAGCUUUCUCAAUACACCAUGAUCCUAUCACUUGUCUGGACCAGUUGGAAAGUGGUGGGGGAGAAAGGUCGGGGUAUCCAGAUGAUUGUUUUUUAAAUGUAUUUUUUUUAAGUCGGCAAAAGCCAUCUCAGGCUUCUCAAGCCAACAUGGUAACCACUUUGCUAGCGAAAAGCGUAUGAACAUGGAAGAUUGUAUAGUUAUCAUUUGUUUUUUUUUUCUUCAAUUUUGUAUUCACUAAGCCUCAGACGAUGACCCAUAAAGGGGACUAAUUCAGCUUAUACCGCUACUUCUGUCAAGUACUAUUUUUUUCCUUUGUUCGAGAUACUAAACAAAAUAAUGAAUUACCAAUAGUUAAUUAA